AUGGGCCUCUGCUACGGCAAGAACGUCGCCGUUGCACAGGACGCCGGCGGCGGCGGUGGUGGAGGCGGCGGCGCCAACGUGGGCGGUGAUGUCGCCGGUGUUCAAUCACCUUUGCCUGCCUCAGCUGUGGUUAACGGUACAGCUACCACGCCUUCCCGUAAAGGCUCUGCGGCCGCCACCCCUGGCCGGUCCUCAGCCGCUGCCAGCCCUUGGCCUAGCCCUUACCCUGCCGGAGUUUCGCCGUCCCCUGCUCGGUCUACUCCGCGUAGAUUCUUUCGGCGGCCUUUUCCACCUCCUUCUCCGGCGAAGCAUAUCAAGGCGUCGUUGCUUAAGAGGCUUGGACCGCCGAAGCCGCCGGAGGGUCCUAUUCCGGAGGAUGUCGUAGGGGAGACGGAGCGCCCUUUGGAUAAGAGCUUUGGGUAUGGGAAGAACUUCGGCGCUAAGUAUGAGCUUGGGAAGGAGGUUGGGAGGGGGCAUUUCGGGCAUACUUGCUCGGCCGUGGCCAAGAAGGGCGAGAUGAAGGGCCAGCUUGUUGCUGUUAAAAUCAUCUCCAAAGCUAAGAUGACAACACCAAUAUCCAUAGAAGACGUCCGACGGGAAGUGAAGAUUCUAAAAGCUUUAUCUGGUCAUACAAAUCUUGUGAAAUUUUAUGAUGCAUUCGAGGAUACACUUAACGUUUAUAUAAUCAUGGAGUUAUGUGAAGGUGGGGAGCUAUUAGAUAGAAUAUUGUCCAGAGGUGGAAGGUACAAAGAGGAAGAUGCAAAAUCAAUUGUUGUCCAGAUUUUAAGUGUUGUUUCCUUUUGUCACCUCCAAGGUGUGGUGCAUCGUGAUUUAAAACCAGAGAAUUUUCUGUUCUCCACAAGCGAUGAAAAUGCUCCAAUGAAGCUUAUUGAUUUUGGUCUUUCUGAUUUUAUCAGACCAGAUGAAAGACUAAAUGACAUUGUCGGCAGUGCAUACUAUGUUGCUCCAGAGGUCUUACAUAGGUCAUACAGUAUGGAGGCUGACAUUUGGAGUAUUGGUGUUAUAACAUAUAUAUUGUUAUGUGGUAGCAGACCAUUUUGGGCUCGGACUGAAUCAGGAAUCUUCCGCACGGUACUUAGAGCUGAUCCAAACUUUGAUGACUCACCUUGGCCUACUGUAUCACCAAAAGCUAAAGAUUUUGUAAAAAGGCUUUUGAAUAAAGACUACAGGAAAAGAAUGACUGCUGCACAGGCCCUGACUCACCCAUGGUUGCGGGAUGAUCAGCGGCAAAUUCCUUUGGAUUUCUUGAUUUAUAAGUUAGUCAAAUCGUACCUUCGUGCAACUCCCUUGAGGCGUGCAGCACUUAAGGCCCUCUCCAAAGCUCUAACAGAGGACGAGCUUUUGUAUCUCAGGUCUCAAUACAAUCUAUUAGAACCAUCUAAAGAUGGGCGUGUUUCACUGGAGAAUUUUCGAACAGCCCUUAUGCAAAAUGCAACUGAUGCCAUGAAGGAGUCUCGGGUUCCAGACAUUUUAAAGGCGCUUGAGCCACUUGCUUAUAGAAGGAUGGACUUCGAAGAGUUCUGCGCUGCUGCAGUUAGUCCUUAUCAGUUGGAAGCAUUGGAAGAUUGGGAACAGAUUGCAAGCACAGCUUUUGAGUACUUUGAGCAGGAGGGCAAUCGAGUCGUCUCAGUCGAGGAACUGGCACAGGAGAUGAACCUUGCUCCGGCAUCGUAUUCCAUGGUUACCGAUUGGAUUAGACAAUCUGAUGGCAAGCUAAGCUUUCUUGGCUACACAAAAUUUUUGCAUGGUGUCACUAUACGGAGCUCAAAUACUAGACAUCGUUGAAUUUCCAUUACCUUUGAUGUGAUUCUUUUGAUUACCAUUCAGUAUAGGGCUUGCUUUUUUUUUCCCCCCUCACCUUUUAUAUUCUCAUUGAUUGUUUUUAUUUGUUACUUAUAGAGAAAUUGCAUGUAAAAAAAAAAAGAGAAUUCUAGCUAGGUGUGAGAUCUUUUUGAGUGUUGUAGGUAUGUUGGGUAACUCCCAAUCUUCAUUGUAGUAAAGUGUGUUGUCAGCUUUUGCGCC